GCUGUUCGGUCGAGCUGGGAAAGUACCGGCGUAUAGGGAAGAGGGAAAAAAUGUUCGAGUGCGGGCGGAAGGGAGCUUGGAAUCCACGGCCGCGAGUUCACGUGUAAUCAUGGGAUAAUGACAGGCGUUCGCGGGGAAUGGGAGGCGCGAGGGUCGGGGUCCGAUCUUCGGCCUAAGCGAGGAUUCGCGCGGGAAUGUGAGAAGGAAAAGGCACGUGUCGAUCGCCAAUAGGCAACGGGGAUCACACGUGGCGCGAACCUGCGGACCAACGCCCGGUAUAUGCAUGGAUGGAGUCCGGACCGAAGUACAGGGAACGGUAUCAGGUCGGUCGGGAGGUGGCAUCUUGUAACAGGUAGGGAGGUGGCGUCUCGCGCUUCUCCACGGUGACCGGUCAGCAGGAGAAGGCUCUCACUUCCCGCGACCGGACAUUGCUGGGAGAAGGCAUACUAGGUAGGGGAUCUUCGCCGAUGGUGCUGCGCGUUUAGCUGUCAGAGGAGGGAAAUCUCUUGCACUCAGGAAAUAAGGACGGCGAUCUCUGUACUCUACCCGGCCGCUACACGGAGGGGAGAUAAGACGGAAAGUUGCGGGGAAGGUUGGGAAGGGAGGCCGUAGAGAGCGAGGCCAGCGUCACUACGCAGUCGGCGUGGAGACAGGCGAGAAGAGAGGAGAGGGGGAGAUGAAGAGAGAGGUAUAGCUGGGUGGUUGUGUGUGCCUGGCAGAGAUUGGCUCCUGGCGCGCUUUCACGUUCGUGAUUGCGUGUGUGUAAGAGAGAGAGAGAGAGAGAGAGAGAGAGAGAGAGAGAGAGAGAGAGAGAGAGAGAGGAGAAGAAGAGGAAGAAGAAGAAGAAGAAAUGCCUUGGUGAGAAAUGCCUUGGUGAUAUGGUGUCAGUAGCGCGUGUGCGCUUUCUCUGUUAAGGCUUCUGUGGAGAGAGAGAGAGAGAGAGAGAGAGAGAGAGAGAGAGAGAGAGAGAGAGAGAGAGGGCAUCAGUAGCUUCUAAAGUGAGGGGGCAUAUGUUUUCGUUGGGCAACGGCGGGAGCGCUUCGACGUUGAAGCUGGCUCGUCACGUGUGACUGCCAUCCCCUUCCUCUGGUGUAUUCUGGACGAUCGGGUUGCGGUCUGCUACUCUUUUGCGCGAUGGGGGGAUGUCCGCUGGAGGAUGUCCGCUGGAGGAUUAUUCACCGCCCAUGAUGAUUGUUUCGCUAUCCAGGCCGCCGUUACUUUUGUCCAGAUCAUGAAAAGUUUGGUCCAGUGUAGGGGUGGUCAACGACGUUCGCGGUCAGAUGUCGGUCGGAUCGUUGAUUAGCAUGACCAGCCCGCUAUUCUCUUUGUCGCCUUUUGUCGUCCUCUGAGGCGUCUGCUAUUCACAGCGGCGCAAGCACUCGAGCACGUCUCACGAGCAAGAACCAGCUAUCGAGCGGAGGGGGGAGGAGGUGGUGGGGAAACGAGGCAGAAAGCGAGAAGGGGAGAAAGCAGGAGACCGGUCGACGUCUCUUGGCAGCCAUGAGCACGUCACGUUUCAUCAAGUGUGUGACAGUCGGGGAUGGCGCCGUGGGGAAGACGUGCAUGUUGAUAUCGUACACAAGCAACACGUUUCCUACUGACUAUGUACCAACUGUCUUUGAUAAUUUUAGCGCCAAUGUUGUUGUGGAGGGUAGCACUGUGAAUCUUGGCCUCUGGGAUACGGCAGGUCAGGAAGAUUAUAACAGACUUCGACCCCUCAGCUACAGGGGAGCUGAUGUGUUUCUUUUGGCCUUUUCUCUUAUCAGCAAGGCAAGCUAUGAGAACAUCUCAAAGAAGUGGAUACCUGAGCUAAGGCACUACGCUCCCCAAGUACCUAUCAUUUUGGUGGGCACGAAGCUAGACCUGCGUGAGGACAAGCAGUAUUUGAAUGAUCACCCCACGACGGUCAUCUCUACGCAUCUGGGAGAGGAGUUGAAGCGGCAAAUAGGGGCAGCAGCCUACAUUGAAUGUAGCUCAAAGACUCAGCAGAAUGUGAAGAAUGUUUUUGAUGCUGCGAUAAAGGUUGUGCUCUCACCGCCGAAGGCGAAGCCAAAGAACAGGAAGAAGAGGCAGAAGUCAUGUGUGAUUCUUUAGAAGCGCUUGCGACGCUGGCAACGCAACACGAGGGUGGGUGGGUUGGUAUUUUCGAUGUUAGGCGUGAUGACCCUAGUUCAUGAAGCUGGCAUGGCAUUUGUAUUUAUUAGUUGUCUUUUGCUGCUGACUGCCUGUGUUUUCACUCCAGAGCGUGCUCACAGUUGUGAUGUGUUGGACAGAUGACAGAAUGCUUUCACUCCAGGAGGAAAUGCUGGGAACCUUCCGGGAGCGUCUUAUUAGCAAGCGUGGGUGCUCUCUGGUGAAUUGUUGAUCAGUCACCACACAAGGAUGGGGGGAAGUCGUGAGAUGAGAGCAAGGGAGGAGGGUUGAUGAAGGGUAACCAUGAUUGAUUGAUUACUCUGAAGCACACCACAUUAGUGGAGGAGGGGGGGGGGGGGGGGRKGGAUUAGGUCAAUCGCAACAAAGGAAGAUGAUGUCGAGAGGAGAAAUGUAGGAAAUGUAUCCGCCCUGCCCUCUCCAGGGUUCGCCAUCAACUGCAGCCAGCUUUUUCAUGUAUGAUACAUGAAUAGGCAGGGAUUGUUGCUACAACAGGCAGGGAUUGUUGCUACAACAGGCAUCGAUGGAAACUCGUCUGUUUGGGAACCGUAACUGCAGGUUGGGGCGGGGGUGGGAGCGGGUCGGGGCGGGGGGGGGGGGGGGGGGGGUCGGGGGGAGAGGACACAGAGAAUCAAUACUACUCUUCGCUUGUGUAAGGCAUUUUUGAAACAUCUGAUUGCUGUAAUGGGGUCGUUGCGGGGGGAUAUAGGGUUUGUGUGUGUGUGUGAGGCGUUCACUGCCGGAAGGCGGGGAUGAUGGAAGGAUGGAAGGAACGGACACAGGAGGAGGACGAUUAUUGCCUACCGGAAGGCUCGUCUGCAAGCUCUGUUCUAACCUGUGUUUCGAGGUUUCAGCAGAUUCCCGGCACUUCCUCGACCGGGAAGAAAGUUGCGUAAAUCCUAGUGUCAUUUUGCUUUGAGGUGGUGAAAAAAAUAGGCUUUGGAGAUGUCAGCACUGUCACUGUUACCUGUCUCGCUCCUCACUUCUCCCUGUUUCCCUCUUUUGCUUGUGCCUUCAAAGGAGUGCUCUGUUCCGUCGUUGGGUAGUUCCUGCUUUCUGUCAUUGAUCCGUGCUUCGAUCCAUUAUGAUGAUGGAUGAAUUGAGGAUUGGAGCGGACCCACCUGCUGCUGCUGCGGGGCUGAAAGUCGGCGUUCUGAGCCCUGACACGGAGAGCAACAGGUGGAGGGAGAGAUGGAUGUGUGGACGGGUCAGAGGGAGUACAGGAAUGUCGAUGAGAAUCCCUGCAUGGCAUGUGAACCUGUGUGCGAUAUUGCUUCGGAUAUUGACAUGACAUGGUUUCGAUUCAGGUCACUGCUGGGUGAAGAGUGAUCGACUACGUAAAAAUGGCAGUAAUCGAGACAUUGGACUUUGUUAUUUGUCUGCCUCGUGCAGUGUUGUGUGGAUGUCUGUUUACGUUAUUGUCAUUAGCAACCUCUCGUUGUGACCAAGCUUCAAUCAAAUGCCUGUUAGUUA